AUGAAUGCGGAUAAUCAUGCAGCUGAUGGGGAUAAGGACCUUUUGGAGUGUAUCCUCCGACUGCCUCUUCCAAGUGCUGAGUCAGCACAUAUCAUGAUGCAAGUGCUACGUGUGGAAACACCUGUGGCAGGUACAACAAAGGAUGUUCAACUUUGGGCUGAUGAUACCACACGUUCCACAGUAUAUAUUAAAGUAGAAGCAGUUCAGGAACGUUCGUUACGCGCUGCUGUUGGCGGCCUUUUAGAACAGGCUAAACUUAUUUUAAGAACAAUGGAUACAUUUCCUGCUGUGGCACAACACGCUUCAUGA